UUAAUAUUAAAUUAAUUUUUUCACCAAUGUCAUCGGCGCAUACCAUGAAAUAAUAAAAACAGUUUUUUCUGUCAUGGUCACAUAAAUUUGUCCAGAGAAAGGAUCUUAUCUUCAACAGAAAUAUAAUACUUUGGUGGGGAUCAAAGUGGUACAAAAUUGCCGUUACAUUCUUCAAGUACAACUCUGGCUCACUUCUUCUUAAUCAUUUCAACUCCAACUGCACGAUAGAGCAUUACAAAAAUGACUGCAAAAACUAUUACAUUACCGAAUGGACGUAAUAUGCCUAUAUUGGGAUUUGGAACAUGGCAAGCCACUAAAGAAGAGUUGACUGCUGCUCUUGAUAAUGCUUUAGCAGCCGGAUACAGACAUAUAGACACCGCACCUGUGUAUGAAAAUGAAGAAGUGAUCGGUGAAGUUUUGGAAAGAUGGAUUCACUCUGGAAAAAUUAAGAGAGAGGAUUUAUUUAUCGUUACGAAAGUACCACCAACUGGACAUCGUCCUGGUGGAGUCAGCAAGUGGAUCGAUAAAUCUUUGAACGCUUUACGACUUUCUUAUUUAGAUUUAUAUUUAAUUCACACCCCAUUCUCAUUUGAGGAAGUUGGAGAUGAUUUACAUCCAAAGGAUGAAGAAGGAAAUAUAAAAAUUGAUACUAACACAGAUCAUCUUGCUAUGUGGCAAGAAAUGGAAAAACAAGUAGCAGCUGGUAAAACACUUGCCAUUGGAUUAUCAAAUUUUAAUGAAAAGCAAAUUACUAGAGUUCUGAGCCAUGCUAAGCAACCUGUUUCUAAUUUGCAAAUUGAAUUGCAUGUUUAUUUCCAGCAAAAAGAAAUGGUUUCAUUUUGUCGAAAAAAUAAUAUUGCUGUGACUGCUUAUUCACCAUUGGGCACGAGAGGUUUGGUAAAAAUGCUAGGACAAGAUGAGAAAAUUCCUAGUAUCAUGGACAAUUCUGUAGUGAUUAAUAUUGCUAAAAAGCAUCAGAAAACAUCAGCACAAAUAGCAUUGAAAUUUUUAAUACAACAAAAUAUUGUUGCUAUUCCGAAAAGUACGAAUCCAGUACGAAUUCAAGACAAUAUUAAUCUUUUUGACUUUGAACUUGAUAAAGAGGAUCUUAAAGAACUGGAAAGUUUAGAUCGAGGAACUGCUGCUCGUAUUUGUGACUUCAACUUUUUCAAAGGAAUCAGAAAUCAUCCAGAAUUUCCAUUUUAAAUUUACCAAGUAAUAAUAAUUAACUAGUGAUUAUUGAUAAUACACAAGAGUUUAAAUAUUCUGUAGAAUUGAUAGUAAACAAUAAAGCUUCUCAAAUUGA